CCGGACCUGUAGAGAAGUAAGACUCUGAUCUAUUCUGCUUCACAUCUGUUAGGCUGAGUGUGUUCUAGGAGAAGGUGGUGGGAAGGAGAUGACCUAAGAGCAUCGGAGCAAGCUGUCCCAGCAACUAAGCCCUUCAAAAUCCUCCAUGUACUCAGAGAUCCAGAGGGAGCGGGCUGACAUCGAGGGACUCAUGGCCAGGCCAGAGUACAGAGAGUGGAAUUCAGAGCUCAUCAAACCCAAGAAGCUGCUAAACCCUGUGAAGGCCUCUCGAAGCCAUCAGGAGCUGCACCGUGAGCUGCUUAUGAACCACAAAAGGGGCCUGGGUAUGGACCGCAAACCAGAAUUGCAGCGGGUCCUGGAGCACCGUCGCAGGAAUCAGCUGAUCAAAAAGAAGGAGGAGGAGCUGGAGGCCAAGCGGAUGCAGUGCCCCUUCGAGCAGGAGCUGCUGAGAAGGCAGCAGAGACUGAACCAGCUGGAAAACCCACCACAGAGAGAAGAGGACCAUGCCCCUGAGUUCAUCAAAGUCCGGGAAAACCUGCGCAGAAUCACCACCCUGACCAGCGAAGAGAGAGCACUGUAGAGUUUCCUCCACUCAGCAGCUCCUGCCACUUGCUCUGGCCCAGCCCUCCUGAACCUGAGGACCCUAGCCCACAAUGAUGCUAGCAAGGCACACCUGAAAGCUAUCCCUGGGAAACUGAAAACCCCCCGCACCCCACAGGAAAAGUCUCUGGACUUUUCUGAGCACCUAGCAUUCCUGCACCAAGAGGAAGCCACUACCAGGAAAGACCUCCAGAGGUGCCAUUCCUGAUCUGACUCACUGAGACUUCCCCGCAGAAGAGGAAGAGAGCCAGGUGUCCCUCGAUUUUGCUUCAGUUGCCCAAUAAGGCCUACUUCUUGGAACAACUCAGCUCCUAGCAUUGGAAACAGCUCAACUCCGGCUUAACCUAAGGCCACCUGUUUGAGAAAUCACAGAAUGAGCAAAGAAAGCACCAGAUGUUUGUAGCAAGGAAGGGUGGGAAGGGGCCCAAGCCACGCCCUUUUAGGCCUUGCCCGAUUGCCUCAUAGUUUGGCUUUUAUUUCUCCUCCCCACUGCCCUCCCUAAACCAUACUUCACCUCAGAGCUCCGGUUUCUAGCCUAGAACAGCAUGUUGCCAAGUUACUGUAAAUACAAAUCAGAGAGUCCUGUGAUCAGUCCCUGGAAGCUACAUGUAUAACAUACUCCAUGGUCCAGGACAUGGGUUUGAACACAUAGCUAGGCUGAAGCAGCCAAGAGUGGUUUAUUAGAAAUAUCCAACUUUCUUGGCUCCCUGACCAGGAGUUUCCCAGAGCCUCCUCUAAAGCCACCCAAACUCUUUACUCACUAUCCAUAGUAUUCCCAACACACACACACACACACACACACACACACACACACACACACACACAGAGAGAGAGAGAGAGAGAGAGAGAGAGAGAGAGAGAGAGAGAGAGAGAGAGAAACCCUAGCCUGGUCAGGGGAUUGUAACUGCCAAUUUUUAUUUCUUACUAGUGUAACCACACUAUCAUACAAUUCUAGCCAAAAAUAACCUUAGCUUUCUACAGUGUUUUGGAAAGCAACUAUACAAUGAUUUCCUCUGCAAAGAUAUAUAUAUAUAUAUAUUAGUUCGAAGACCCCACUGCCAUGGUGAUGGAGUAGACUCUUAGGUCAAUAUUGCCAGCACUGUCACCUCAGACCCUGCCCCUCCCCCUAGUCUGGGUCUUCCCCACCCAUUCUUCUUCCUCAAAGUCCCCUUCCUCCACAACACCCAAAUACUUGAAUCUUUUGUUCCUAUGCCAUUUUUUAAAAGAUCUACAGAGUAAGCCAGGCCUGAAUCCUUUCCCCUGAAGAAUGAAAUCCAUGACUCAGCUUUUAAGCCCUUUGCUGGUGGGAACAACAUGGCCAGACAAGCACAAGUUCUCAUGCCACAGACCCUCGGAUUUCCCUGCUGGGGCGCCAGUGGAUCUGCCUCCAAGAAAUGAUGGUGGGAUGGACACAGGGUCUGACAGUGAAUGGAGAUGUGUAAAUAGACUCUCUGUGUUUUUCUCACUCUGAAGGUCUAAAUGAGUGGUUCUCAACCUUUCUAAUGCUGUGGACCCUUUAAUGCAGUUUCUCAUGUUGCGGUGAACCCCCUCCCAACAGUAAAUUAUUUUCAUUGCUUUUUCAUAACUGUAUUCUUACUACUAUUAAAAUCAUAAUGUAAAUAUCUGAUAUGCAGGAUAUCUAAUGUGUGACCCCCCCCUCCCAUGAAAGGGUCAUGCCCCACAGGUUGAGAAACGAUGGUUUAAAUGCAGUGAAGCUGUCUUAAGUAUCUGCUGGUGAGGUAUUAUGCUGAAGAUGUGUAUUUCCUAAAUAGAGGGUUGGGGGUUCUCCCCUUACAGGUCCAUUGCUGUUCUGACAUGUAAAGAGGAACAGGCGGGGCCUCUGGGAUAGAGUAGGACCGCCCAAAGGACUUGGCAGUCCCAGGAGAUAUGGCAAGGUAUGAAAGAGACACCCCCAAAGUACAAGAGGCCUCAAGGCAGGUCUUCCAGGGGAACCAUAGUAGCGGCCUUGAUACUCUGUGAAUCUGUUAGUCCCAAUUCCGUCUCUCUCACUGCCUUUGUGACUAUAAAUCUAGAUUCUCAUUCUCCUAGCCAACUCUGUAGGUUUGGCUGAGCAUGUGACCAGGCAUGGCCAAUGAAAUUGAAGUGGAAGUCUACAGGAGCUACUAGAAGAACUCAUGCCUUUCCUGAAACCCUCACUUGGCCUCUCCCUUCUUGAUUGAGGAUGUCAUGCCUGGACCAUUAGCAACCAUGUUUUACCUGAGGGAAGGCCAAAAGAUCCACAAACCCUGUGAUCUGAUCGUCUGACCAAGCAAGUGCCAACAGCUUUCCCGUCUCCAAACUCCAUGUAAAUAAAAAUAAAUCCCUGUUUGGUAAAGCCA